AUGGAGAAAAAGAAUCAAACAUUAGUCUCUGGAUUCAUCCUACAGGGCAUCUUCAACCAAGCAGGACACGAAAGCCUCAUGUUUUCCAUCAUCGUCUUCAUGUAUCUGCUGAGUCUACUGGGCAACCUGCUGAUUAUCCUUCUGAUCCGUUGUGAUUCCCAUCUCCACACACCCAUGUAUUUCUUCCUCAGCCUCCUUGCUCUAGCCGACAUGGGUUUUGCGUCUUCCAUUGUCCCCAUAAUGCUACGCAACCUGGUUUCCCAAGAUAAGAUCAUCUCCUACGGUGGGUGUUUUUGCCAGAUGUAUUCUUUCUUGGUUUUUGGCAAUUGUGACAGCUUCCUGCUUGGUAUCAUGGCCUACGACUGCUUCAUGGCUAUCUGCCACCCACUACAUUACACAGCCUUGAUGAACUCCAAGCGUUGCCUCUUGAUGGCCUCUGGCUGUUGGCUCCUCACCAUUGUUCACUCCAUGCUGAACACCGUGAUAGUUUCUCGUCUCUCCUUUUGUGUGUCCCGGGAGAUCCCCGAUUUCUUCUGUGAUAUCCCUCCACUGUUAGGACUCUCCUGCUCAGACACCACUCCCAUAAAGAUGUUGAUAUGGACAGAAGGCACGCUAGCUAUUAUGGGACCCUUCCUACUUGUUGUCGUCUCCUAUGCACACAUCUUCGUGGCCGUAGUGAAUACCCCAAGUUCAAGCAGCAAACGCAAGGCCUUCUCUACAUGUGGUUCUCACCUGUCAGUAGUUAUCUUAUUUUUUAGCACCAUCAUCUGGGUCUAUUUGCUGCCUACUUCUGGGAACAAGACCCUGGCUUCUCUCAUGUACACUGUGAUUGCCCCAAUGUUGAACCCCUUUAUCUACAGUCUGAGGAACAAUGAGAUAAAGGGUGCCCUGAGGAGACUCGUUGGUCGAAUGCGAGCCUCCCUAGAGUAA